UCCUCUCUUCUCCUCUUUCCUCCUCCAGCUCCUUCACAUCUGUAUAGAGGGCUGGGGUAACUGGCGUUGGUCCGAGGCCUUCAGUGUGGACAACGUGGGGACUCUGUUGAGGACUAUUCAGUAUAAAGGACGGACUGCGUCUCUCAUCAUCAAGGUGUUACAGCUCAACGGUGUCCAGAAACAGGUAAUCAUCUGUGGUCGCCAGGUGAUGUGUAGUUACCUGUCUCAGGACAUUGAUCUGCGGGUGAUGCAGCACUAUGUGAAUCCAGAAGGCCAGACGGUGGUGAAGGAACAUGUUGACUGUCUGGAGGCCGGGAGGAAGUUGCCCUCCUACGUCCUGGAGGACUCAGAGCUGACAGAGCUGUGUGUCAGAGCCAGAGGAGACGAGGACUGGUCUCGGGAUGUCAGACUGGAGAGGAAGGAGAAGGAGAGGGGGAGUAGCUCUGUGGUACAGGUGCCUUGUUCCAGCGGCUCGUUGCUCUACGUGUGGUGCACCCUGAUCACCAUGGAAACUGACUCGCACAUGCAGCAGAGAGUGGUGGUAUUUAGUCCUCUGUUCAUGAUGCGUAGCCACCUUCCAGACCCUGUCAUCAUCCACACAGAGAAGAGAAGUCUGGGGCUGAGAGAGAGUCAGCUGAUCCAGGGACAGGGACACCAGGAACAACUACUGAACACUGAGAAUGACCUGACACACCACCUCACCUUCCAGGCCAGUGAGGACGAGGACGCGUCCCACUGUGCGGUGCCCAUCUCCACCGCUGUGAUCAAACAGAUAGUGAACAGGAACCAGGCUGGGCUGGAGGACGGUCAGGAACACAUACUGGCAGACUUCUACGGUGUGAGGAACAGCAGCCAUCCUCCAUGGCCCUACGUCAGCAAGGACACAGACAGGCCUGGAUCAGAGGUCCUAGCCCAGUGGGACAGUCCCAUGCAGGUGAAGUUAUCCGUCUGGAGGUCUGGUCUCAACACUCUACUUGUAGAGCUCAUUCCCUGGGCCCUGUUGACCAACCACUCUACAUGGGACCUCUGGCUGUUUGAAGGAGAGACCAUCGUCCUGCAGAUACCUGCUGGAAAGACCCUGGUUCCUCCUAACUUCAAGGAGGCGUUCCAGCUGGGUAUCUACUGGUCCAACACGAACACGGUCCAUAAGUCUACAGCCCUGAAGCUGGUCCAUGACCUGACGUCGCCGCGCUGGAAGGAAGGUGUCAGUCCUGAGGUCCUCACCCUGGACGAGGAGGGCUGUGUGGAGACAGAGAUCCACCUGGGGAGGAGCCCUGGAAGACAGAAGGUUUGUCAGUUCUGCGUGUCGUCUGUGGUGAGACACGGCAUCCAGAUCAUCCAGAUAGAAGACAGGACCAUCCUGGUUAACAACACCCCCUACUUCCUGUCAUGUAGAGCCCUACUGUCUGACCAGGCCCUGGGGACCACAGACCAGGUAACACCCCCUACUUCCUGUCAUGUAGAGCCCUACUGUCUGACCAGGCCCUGGGGACCACAGACCAGGUAA